AGUUUUAAUAUUGCCCACCACUAACAGCACAUUUUGCAAUUUUCGUUGAAUUAUUGUUAUUUCCACGACCCAGUCCAGGCCAGAAAUGUAUGAACUGAAGACGUUGCUGCCGCAAUUUGAGAUCAAGCUGCCCACCUGCAUGUAUGCGCUAAAGAAUGUGAGUCUGGCGGCGGACGCCCUGGAUUCAUCGGCAGGCCCAUCCACAUCAUCAUGCAGGGGUCAGCAAAGAUCGGAGAACAGAAGGAGCAGAGGCAGCAACGCAAACGUAAAUAACCCAGCCGCCACAUGUGCACUUGAUUUGGACUCUUUAGGUCGACAGAUACAACAACUGCUAAAGGAUGACACUGCGACGGUGACCGCCCGGCAGGAAAAGGUCCUGAAGCAGUUGGAGGACCUUAAAGUGCAGCUGGGACAGAUCCGAGCCGGUCUCGGGGUGUGCGGCAAGACCUUCCAACACACAACGGCCUUCCAGAAUGGUGGCUUAAAGGAGAUUCCUCUUCAGGACGUUGUCAUCAAUGGACACCCCAAUUUUAUACCAUAUGCCCUGCUGGCUCUCAAGAAUGCCUGGCGGGAUCUGUACACGAUCGAUGUAAAGACCUUCACACACUCCACGAUGGCGGAUAUUGGGCCCGCCGCUCGGGAAUUUGAAGCCAAUUUGGCCAAGGUUCCAGUGAACCCGGCACUGCCCAAAAUCAACGUAACACUCAUCUGGAAGAACUGCGAGCACACCGAGAUGAUCAGUUCGCCGACCAUGUACGUGCCCAUCUAUGGAGAAGUGAACAUCAUCAGGUACCUGGGUCGUGUCGGACCCGCCGAAUACCGGUACGAGGGCUCUCCGCUGUGCAAUGAGAUCGACCUCGUCCUGGACAUUUGCUACCAACUGCUCCGCUGCAACACCCACAAGACGCAAGUGGCUAUGGUGCGAUUGCUGGACAAGCGGCUGCAGAAGCAACAGUAUUUCGGUGGCUCUCAGAUGUCGGUGGCCGAUAUCGGAGUCUACAGCUCGCUGAUACGCAUGCCCACUAUCACAGACAAGGACCUUACGCCGGCGCUGGUGGCCUGGAGGAAACGAGCCAAGCUUGUAGUUCAAAUUUAAGUCGAAAAGUCGAACAAAUAAAGAGAAUAUUAACGAA